UCGCCCGGCUCCUCCUGCGGCGCAGCGGGCUGUGCGGACAUGGCCGCGGCGGUGGCGGUGGCGGCCGCGUCCCGGCGCCAGUCGUGCUACCUGUGUGACCUGCCCCGCAUGCCCUGGGCCAUGAUCUGGGACUUCACGGAGCCCGUGUGCCGUGGCUGCGUCAACUACGAGGGCGCCGACCGCGUGGAGUUCGUCAUCGAGACGGCGCGCCAGCUGAAGCGUGCUCACGGCUGCUUCUCCGAGGGCCGCUCCCCGACCGGCGCGCAACCCUCUACCGCCAAGCCUCCGCUGUCGGCCAAGGACCUUCUGCUGCAGCCGCCGCCGCAGCUGGGCCACGCGGGCGCCGAGGCCGCGCGCGCUCAGGCCAUGGAGCGCUACCCGCUGGCCCCGGAUCGGGCCUCGCGCCUGACCUCCGACUUCGGCACGCGUGCGGGUGCAGGCCUCCCGCAGUCGGCCGCGCCUCAGCCGGCGCCUGCCAACGGCAUCCUGGUGCCCAACGGCUUCUCCAAGCUGGAGGAGCCGCCCGAGCUGAAUCGCCAGAGCCCGAAUCCGCGGCGGGCACACGCCGUGCCGCCCACCCUGGUGCCUCUGGUGAACGGCUCCGCCGCGCUGGGGCUGAGCGGCCGUGCCGCGGCCACCCUGGCCGCGGUGAGCGGGACAUCGGGCCUGGGCGCCCAGCCCAGCGAACUGGGCACCCACAAACGACCGGCCUCGGUGUCGGGCGCGGCGGAGCACGAGGCGCGUGAGCCGAGCAAGGAGAAGGCGCAGCCCGCGCACCGGAGCCCGGCCGACAGCUUAUCCGGCGCGCCCGGGGCGAGCGAGCUCAGCGCCGACGGUGCAGGCAAGGGUCGAGCACCCGGGGAGCAGGACUGGGCCAGCAGGCCUAAGACGGUGCGCGACACGCUACUGGCGCUGCACCAGCACGGCCACUCGGGGCCCUUCGAGAGCAAGUUCAAGAAGGAGCCGGCCCUGACUGCAGGCAGGUUGUUGGGUUUCGAGGCCAACGGGGCCAACGGGUCUAAAGCAGUUGCAAGAACAGCAAGGAAAAGGAAGCCUUCUCCAGAACCGGAAGGGGAAGUCGGGCCCCCUAAGAUCAAUGGCGAGGCUCAGCCUUGGCUGUCCACUUCCACAGAAGGGCUCAAGAUCCCCAUCACCCCUACAUCCUCCUUUGUGUCUCCACCACCCCCUACUGCCUCUCCUCAUUCCAACCGGACCACACCGCCUGAAGCGGCUCAGAAUGGCCAGUCCCCCAUGGCAGCCCUGAUUUUAGUAGCAGACAAUGCUGGGGGCAGUCACGCCUCGAAAGAUGCCACCCAGGUUCACUCCACCACCCGGAGGAACAGCAGCAGCCCUUCCUCUCCCUCCUCUAUGAACCAAAGAAGGCUGGGCCCCAGAGAGGUGGGGGGCCAGGCCACUGGCAGCGCAGGAGGACUGGAGCCGGUGCACCCUGCCAGCCUCCCAGACUCCUCUCUGGCAGCCAGCGCCCCCCUAUGCUGCACCCUCUGCCACGAGCGGCUGGAGGAUACCCACUUUGUGCAGUGCCCGUCUGUCCCUUCGCACAAGUUCUGUUUCCCUUGCUCCAGACAAAGCAUUAAACAGCAGGGCGCUAGUGGAGAGGUCUAUUGUCCAAGCGGGGAGAAGUGCCCUCUGGUGGGCUCCAAUGUCCCCUGGGCCUUCAUGCAAGGAGAGAUUGCCACCAUCCUCGCAGGAGACGUGAAAGUGAAGAAAGAGAGAGACUCGUGACUUUCUGCCAUCAGGAAAGCCCACGGUUACCCUUAAACUUCUUGAACUGUAUAUAAAUCUCCAUAUAUAUAUAUAAAUAUAUAUAUCCAAGACAAGGGAAAUGUAGACUUCAUAAACAUGGCUGUAUAAUUUUGAUUUUUUUGAAUACAUUGUGUUUAUAUUUUUUUUUUUUGACGACAAAAGGUAUGUACUUUAAAAGGCAUUUUCUUCUUUUGUUAACGUUAUUAGGCUGUCUGCUUGACUCUCCUGGUGACAGUUGCCGUUCUAUGUAGGCUGCGACUUGGCUGCUUUUUUUUUGUUUUUUUUUUUUUAAAGAGCACUUGGCAAACAAAUGCUUCUAGCCGUAUUUGUAUGCACUUAUUUUAAAAGAGAAAAAAAAAGCCAAAUACAUUUUUCUGACGUUGUAAGAUUGCCUUACUGUCUUGUCAUUCCUCAUUGCUGGCCCCUUGCAGGCUGGAGGUCAGUUGGAGAAGGAAGGGAGUGAGAGAAAAGAGGGCACCUUUUACCAGAAGGGCAUGCCCCUCGGAGAUGCCACCCACAUCGCAGGUCCUCUCGGUGGGGAAGUGGGGUGUGAAUCCUGUCUUGUUGAUGGUUCGGUUCUUGCAAUAUUGAUAGUCACAGGUGCUGCUUGAAAUGUCUGCAGGAUUGUGUUUGGGAGGUUUUCGGUUUGUUUGUUUGUUUUUUUUAGGUUUUUUUUUUUUUUUUACUGAAGGCAAGUUGACCCGUGUUCACUCUGCCCACGUGACCAGUUGUAAGCUCUCAAGGCUGCAUGCUCCUCGGUUGCCCCACUGUUGUUUUCCAGCUGUAGGAAGAGUUGCCUGGUAAAGGGUGGUGUGCAAAGGUGGCCUUGCUGCUGUUGAUCUGCAGCCAGGCAGCCUUUCCCAGCAUGCCAGAGCCCUUGACGGCUGCAGGCCAGGUGAACUCGUGGGAUCGGUUUCACUGCUGUUCUGUGUUCUAGUUUGUUCCUUUCGUUUACCUGUCCUGUUCUAGCGGCCAUUGCUGUUGUCACAAUACCUACACCAGUUUGUACUGGGUGCUUAGUGCGGUGUGUGCAUUGACGGGCCUGUGGGUGAAGAUCAGUGGGGGAGCCUGCACUAGGAGCCUCUGUCUGAAGUACUAAGUCAACUAGAACUGUUCUGGAAGAAGGAUAAACUGGGGAAAGCUACCAACAGGAAGGAUUUUUACAUGAGCAAGCCCCACCUCUCCCACUACUCUCAAAGCCUUUUGUAAACUAAUUUCUUUGAUCACUGUUUGGCGUUGGUGAGGUGAUUGUUUUUUGAUGUAAACAACAGGUCAUUAGUUGUUAGUAGUGGUCGCCCCUUGGUGAUGCUGGUUUUUGUGGGUUGGUUUCCCCCUCCCUUCUUUGUACUGUUUUGGUUUUAAUGUCAACAGGAACACUACCCUAAACCCUAACACGCAGGUGUUUGUAACUUGGCCUAGUAGGCUCAAUCAUGGCUUCUAAGUCUACUAUGGUAUUUUUUGGUUUUGUUUUGUUUUCUAUUCUAUUUUCAUUUGAAAACAGGUUGUUAACCAGCUUGAUCAUUUCUAGUUACUUGGUCUUUUUCUUUUUAAAGGCAGUUUCUUUAGUAGUAGUCAAGUUACUAAUGCUCAAAAACCAGUGACCCUGAACCAAAUACAGUAUUUGUGUUUUUUUUUUGUUAGUGCGCCACGUCCUCCAGGUUCUUGUUACCAGUCAUUGUGAUGUUACACAGGCUUGCAUGGUAGACCAGUUCGUCGUUACUGUGACUCAGAUCAACUGGUCUCUGAGGCGGAUGUACACACACACACACACACACACACACACACACACACACACACACGUCAGUUCAUCUGCCCGUAAAGACGUUUGUGAAGGACCCAACUAUUAUGGUCUGUAGUAUAAAUGUGUCUCUAAGCACUUUAUUAUAAACUGGAAUUUGACCUCAUCGAUGUUACAACUAGAUUAGUCAUUUGACCUAAUUUGCCGUGGCCGUCUGUAUCUUUUGCAAUCUCAACGCAGAUAAGCUCUCCAAAAACAUGAAUAAAGAACCAUCCUGCCGUAUGGGGGACGUCUGUCCGGCUGCGGAAGAAGCCACCUGUGGUUUCUGUGCUCCUGGCAAAGGAGACAAAACUUGACCUGUUUUAAAGGGGGUGCACUUUUGAGAUUAAGGGUCUGUGUGCAUCUGCCCGGCCUGGGAUGGCCUUCAGAAAACUGUGUAACCAGAGUGUUGUCCUGGAGGGGGUGGGGUGGGGUGGGGGGAGUCUUUCUCUGGCCUACUCACAAACCGUUCACUUGGGGACCUGGGAUGAUCUUUCCUUGUCCUGGAUGACAUUGUGGAUGUUGUCCACAGCUGGAUAGAUGAUAUCAGAGUCCCAGCGCUAUUCCAGCCUUGAUUUUCAUGCUCAGAAUAUUAGGGGAUGGGCUGGCAGCAGGCCCUCUUUGCUUUAACAAAUUAGAGAAUUUAACAGAUCUGGUUAGUGUCUUUCAUGUGGCCUCACUCUGAAGUUACGAAAACGUACACACGGUUUACAGCUUUUCUAUAUAUUCUUUCCUGGCCACCAAGUAUUUUGAACGUGUGCCACCUCUUAACCUUUACUCUUUUUUUUUCCUUUUUUUUUUUAAGUUGAAGGUGAUAAUUUUUCUAUAUAUGAUGAAACUCAUGUCUACUGAAAUAAGUGUAAUCUUAGCUAUCAACAUUAUAUUUUAAAACCAUGCUAUGGAAAUAUCACCUGUGUUCUGUCAUGUGUCAGAUUUACAGUACCUUUUUUUUUCUUUUAGCAUUAAAUAAAAAUAAAAUUGGGAGCACUGAA